AUGAGGAUCAUUUCAAUUUUGUCGUGGGCCGGUGCUGCUACAUCAUAUGCUGUAAGGAACGCUGUGAGGAUCAAGAGUCAACGUGUUCAGCUGCCAGACUAUCACAAGAACGCGGGGGUUCUUCGAUAUGUUAAUCCACUCAUUGGCACGAAUGGCGCAAAUCCCGAUAACAACGGGGGCAUGAUCCCAUCAGUCUCGAUUCCCUUUGGGAUGACGAGAUGGACACCUCAAACAAGGGGGAACUUCAUCUCACAAGUUCCAUGUCAUGACACUGACCAAUAUAUUCACGGAUUCCAAGCUACGCACCAACCAGCCAUAUGGAUGGGAGAGCAAGGCCAGGUAGUAUUGACGCCGGGGUGGAGCCAGGAAAUCAAGGCGCUAUUCCAGGAACGCGGUCUGGCAUUCAGGAAAGAGGAUGAAGUCAGCACACCAUAUGUCUACGAGGUCCUCCUCAAUGCCGAUACACAGGGCGAACAUGGAUGGAACCUUACAGAAGAGGCCGCUGGAGGGGGUCCCGUGCCUGGUGGAGCGGGUAGUGCACCGCUUGCUGUGAUUGUAGGCGCGAAUGGUCGCAUCAGGAGGUCCAAAAGAGAGCCCAAUGCCCGGGAUCGGACAAUAAGAGCUGCCAUGGGUGCAACGGCGCACGUGGGCUUUCUCCGAUUUGACUUCGAGGAUGCUUUCGGGUCUGAAGGCCUUUCCACGGAGCCAUACAUCCAUGUACAAGCAUCACAUAUGGGCUGGAACGGGGAUAUUCGCAUUGAUCCUGGCAGGAGUGAAAUAUCUGGUAGCAAUACCGAACGACAGGAUUACAAGUUAGGACCUAAUCGAUCGGUCUCCUUUAAGGGGUUUUUCAUUUCUCGAUUUUCUAUCCCAUUCAGUUCAUUUGGAACAACAAACGGAGGGAAUGUUACAGGAAAUUCUGCUCACAUAUCUGGAGGAUUCUCCGGUGGUUAUGUCAAGUUUCCCGCGAACACCACGAGAGUUGAAGUCCGAACAGCAGUCUCAUUUGUGAGUGUAGAACAAGCAAGGAAGAACCUUGAGUUUGAAGUACCUGACGACAUGUCAUUUGAGGAUAUGAUUGAGUCGACGAAGCACACUUGGCUUGACAAGUUGGGAAGAGUCACAAUCGAAGGGGUCAACUCCACGGACAAGGAGCAUGACCCAAGGACUAUCUGGUACACGGGAUUAUACCACGCCUUACAAUACCCAAACGACUUUUCGGAGCCUCUGAGCGAUGAAACAGGGUCCGCCAAAGUAUAUUAUAAUGGCUAUGCUGACAGUGUGCACAAGUCAAAUGAGUAA